AAGAUGGCGGCGCCGCGGUAGCCUGCUCCAGGUUGUGGCGUCCAAGGAGCCGCGACGGUUUCUGCCCUCGGGCCGUGGGGGCGGCAGCGCUUGACUGGCCCCUGCGGCGGCCCGUAGUCCCGCGUUAGGCACCGGUUCAGGGCUGGGCUGUUGCUGUCGCGGCGGGUUCGGGUGUGCGAGUGACCUCGCUGCAGGUGUCCUGCGCCGGACGCCCUCGCCAGAGGAGGAGGAGAAGGAGGGUAACCCGCCUACUCGGUCUUCCGGACCUGCGGGCCUUCAUGAGGCCCCUCGGGGCUCUGGAAGAGUUAGCUGUAUCUCUGACGGGAUUGUGGGAGUUCGAGCCUUCGAGUGUGCGAGAGACAGCCUAGUACCCCUGAGGGCGCAAAGAAGACCGCAAGGACUUUGCUUCCUCUUCCAGAGGCAUGGCUUCCCUGCAUUGAUUACCCCGCAUUCUUUCUCACUUCUUCUCAAUGUUCUCUCCAUACAUCUGGAAAUAUGAUCAGCGCCCCUGACGUGGUGGCCUUCACCAAAGAGGAGGAGUACGAGGAGGAGCCUUACAAUGAGCCCGCCUUGCCCGAGGAGUACUCGGUGCCACUCUUCCCCUUCGCCAGCCAAGGAGCCAACCCAUGGUCCAAACUGUCCGGGGCCAAGUUCUCUCGGGACUUCAUCCUUAUUUCCGAGUUCUCCGAGCAGGUGGGCCCCCAACCCUUGCUGACCAUCCCCAAUGACACCAAAGUUUUUGGUACUUUUGAUCUCAAUUACUUCUCCUUGCGGAUCAUGUCUGUGGAUUACCAGGCCUCCUUUGUGGGCCAUCCCCCGGGUUCUGCCUACCCCAAGCUGAACUUUGUGGAGGACUCCAAGGUGGUGCUGGGAGACUCCAAGGAGGGAGCCUUUGCGUACGUGCACCACCUUACCCUGUACGACCUGGAGGCCCGGGGCUUUGUGAGGCCCUUUUGCAUGGCUUAUAUCUCAGCGGACCAGCACAAAAUCAUGCAGCAGUUUCAGGAGCUCUCAGCCGAGUUUUCCAAAGCUUCUGAGUGCUUGAAGACGGGCAACAGGAAGGCAUUUGCGGGAGAACUUGAAAAAAAGCUGAAAGACUUGGAUUACACCAGGACAGUGCUGCACACCGAAACAGAGAUCCAGAAGAAGGCCAACGACAAGGGCUUUUACUCAUCUCAGGCAAUUGAGAAAGCCAACGAGCUGGCCAGUGUAGAGAAGUCCAUAAUUGAACACCAAGAUCUGCUGAGGCAGAUCCGCUCAUACCCUCAUCGGAAGUCGAAGGGGUCUGCCUUGUGUUCUGCGGAGACAGAGCACACGCAGGAUCAGGCCGACCAGGUAGCCACUACCUCUAACCCUGAUGAGUCGGCUGACGCGGACCUUUACGCCUGCAGACCUGCCUACACCCCCAAACUCAUCAAAGCAAAGUCCACCAAGUGUUUUGACAAGAAGUUGAAGACCUUGGAAGAGCUCUGUGACACGGAGUACUUCACCCAGACCCUGGCUCAGCUCAGCCACAUAGAGCACAUGUUCAGAGGAGACCUGUGCUACCUCCUGACCAGCCAGAUUGACAGAGCGCUUCUAAAGCAACAGCACAUAACAAACUUCCUCUUUGAAGAUUUUGUGGAGGGGGACGACAGAAUGGUAGAGAAACAAGAGAGCACGCCCCCUAAGCCCAGUCCAGGCAGGCCGCCUUCCAGGUCUCCGGAAGAGUGUCCGAUUCCUCAAGUGUUCAUUAGCGUCGGUUCUUACAAGUCCAGUGUGGAGUCUGUGCCGAUCAAGAUGGAGCAGGAACUUGGGGAUGAGGAGUACAAGGAAGUGGAGGUGACAGAAUUGAGCAGUUUUGACCCCCAGGAAAACUUGGACUGCCUGGAUAUGGAUAUGAAAGGGAGCGUCAGCAGUGGCGAAAGCAUCGAGGUUCUGGGCACGGAGAAGUCCACCUCUGUGCUGUCUAAGUCUGACAGCCAGGCCAGCCUCACGGUGCCAUUGAGCCCCCAGGUGGUCCGGAGCAAAGCAGUCAGCCACAGGACCAUCAGCGAGGACAGCAUCGAAGUCCUCAGCACCUGCCCCUCUGAGGCCCUCAUCCCCGAUGACUUUAAGGCCACCUACCCAAGUGCCAUUAACGAAGAAGAAUCGUACGCAGAUGACAGCGAGGGAGCCAUCCACUUCCAGGCGAGCCUCAGCCCGCCAGAGCUGGCUGAGGCAGAGGAGGGCAGCCUAGAAAACACCCUGUCCCAAACGGACUCCUCCUGCUGCAUUGGGAAGGAGAGUGACAGUCUGCGGGUGCCCCUCUCCACGCCAGCCCAUACACACUCUGACCCGGACGGAGUAGUGAGCAGCCCCCCGCAGCGCUACAGGCAGAAAGACCAGGGGUUCCAUGUGGACUUUGCGGGGGAAAACGCCAGCCCUUCCCGAGACAACAGUUCUGAAGGCUUCCCUGCCUUUGAGCUGGACCCGAGCCGCCUGCUGGCUAGCCGGGAUGUCAGUAAGACCAGCCUGGACAACUACUCGGACACUACCAGUAAUAUGAGCAGUAUAGCCUCCACCAGCUCAGACAGGACUCCCUCCUCUGCUCAUCCCACCGGGCCCUCUUCUGAGAGGCAUAAAAAGAGGGCUGGCCAGAACGCCUUAAAAUUCAUCCGUCAGUACCCCUUUGCCCAUCCAGCCAUCUACUCCCUGCUCAGCGGGAGGACCCUUGUGGUCCUGGGGGAGGAUGAGACCAUAGUGAGGAAGCUCGUGACGGCGCUGUCCAUCUUUGUCCCCAACCACAGCCGUCACGCCAAACCGGUGAAGCACUGGGUCUCCUCUCCUUUGCACAUCACAGAUUUUCAGAAGUGGAAGCUGAUCGGCCUGCAGAGAGUGACGUCCCCAGCCGCCGCCGGCACCCUCCACACCCUGAGCCGCUACAGCCGCUACACGAGCAUCCUGGACCUGGACAGCAAAACCCUGCGCUGCCCCCUCUACAGAGGCGCCCUGGUGCCCCGGCUGGCCGACCACCGCACUCACAUCAAGCGGGGCAGCACCUACUACCUGCACGUCCAGAGCGUGCUCACCCAGCUCUGCUCCAAGGCCUUCCUCUACACCUUUUGCCACCACCUGCACCUGCCUGCCCACGACAGGGAGACCGAGGAACUGCUGGCCAGCCGCCGGGCGAGCUUCCUGAAGCUGAACCUGGGUCUGGUGAACGAAGACACGAAGGUGGUCCAGUACCUGGCUGAGCUGCUGAAGCUGCACUACGUGCAGGAGCCUCCCGGGACCGGCCACCCCACGCUCAGGUUCGACUACGUCCCCAGCUUUUUGUACAAAAUCUGAGGUCAGUCCCAG